GUGACGUCAGCGCGCGGGGCGGGGCCGGCGGCGCGGGCGGGGCGGGACGGCCGCGGCCCAUUGUGGGCAGGGGCCGGGCGGGCUCCGCGCCGCUCAGCGCCGCGCCGGCAGGUACGGCGGGUCCGCGCCGCGGGGUUUCCAAAGGGCGUAUUUAUCUUCCAGAGUGCUGCCUAAGUGUCGCUUAAUCAUUAAGCAUCUGAUUUCCUCCAAGUUAUCUGUCAUGCUGCUUAUGAUCUAGCGCCCAGGAGGGAGGGACGCCGAGGGUUUUGGCCAUGGCCCCGAGGAAGAGGAGCAGUCGGGGGAUCUCCUUCAUCUUCUGCUGCUUUCGCAGCAGCGACCACCCCGAGAUCACAUACCGGCUGCGCAAUGACAGCAGCUUCGCCCUGCAGACCAUGGAGCCCGCGCUGCCCAUGCCGCCGGUGGAGGAGCUGGACGUCAUGUUCACCGAGCUGGUGGAUGAACUUGACCUCACGGACAAGCACAGAGAGGCCAUGUUUGCGCUCCCAGCGGAGAAGAAGUGGCAGAUCUACUGCAGCAAGAAGAAGGACCAGGAAGAAAAUAAAGGAGCCACCAGCUGGCCAGAGUUUUAUAUCGAUCAGCUGAAUUCAAUGGCUGCUAGAAAAACACUGAUCGCCUUGGAAAAAGAAGAUGAGGAGGAGAGAAAUAAAACAAUCGAAAGUUUGAAGACUGCACUGCGGACGAAACCAAUGAGGUUUGUUACCCGGUUCAUUGACCUGGAUGGCUUGUCGUGUAUUCUGAACUUUCUCAAAAGCAUGGACUAUGAGACAGCAGAGUCUCGAAUACAUACCUCGCUCAUUGGAUGUAUAAAAGCACUAAUGAACAACUCUCUGGGCCGGGCUCACGUCCUGGCCCAUUCAGAGAGUAUUAACGUAAUUGCUCAGAGUCUGAGCACGGAGAAUAUUAAGACGAAGGUGGCAGUGCUGGAAAUCAUGGGCGCUGUGUGCCUGGUUCCCGGGGGCCACAAAAAGGUACUGGAGGCGAUGCUGCACUACCAGAAAUACGCCAGCGAACGGACUCGUUUUCAGACGCUGAUCAAUGACUUGGACAAGAGCACGGGGCGGUAUCGAGAUGAAGUGAGCCUCAAGACAGCCAUCAUGUCCUUUAUCAACGCAGUCCUGAGCCAGGGGGCAGGCGUGGAAAGCCUGGAUUUCAGACUCCAUCUGAGAUAUGAAUUUCUCAUGCUUGGGAUCCAGCCAGUCAUUGAUAAACUAAGAGAACAUGAAAAUUCAACUCUUGACCGGCACUUAGAUUUUUUCGAAAUGCUUAGAAAUGAAGAUGAACUGGAAUUUGCCAAAAGAUUUGAGCUGGUCCACAUCGACACCAAAAGUGCGACUCAGAUGUUUGAGCUGACGAGGAAGAGGCUGACGCACACCGAGGCGUACCCGCACUUUAUGUCCAUCCUGCACCACUGUCUCCAAAUGCCUUAUAAAAGAAGUGGCAAUACUGUCCAGUACUGGCUGCUGCUUGACAGGAUCGUGCAGCAGAUCGUCAUCCAGAGUGAUAAAGGGCAGGACCCCGACGCCACUCCCCUGGAAAACUUCAAUAUUAAAAACGUCGUCCGAAUGUUAGUCAAUGAAAAUGAAGUGAAACAGUGGAAAGAGCAAGCAGAAAAAAUGAGAAAAGAGCACAGCGAGCUCCAGCAGAAGCUGGAGAAGAAGGAGCGGGAGUGCGACGCCAAGGCCCAGGAAAAGGAAGAAAUGAUGCAGACGCUGAACAAGAUGAAGGAGAAGCUGGAGAAGGAGUCCAGCGAGCACAAGCAGGUCAAGCAGCAGGUGGCGGAUCUCACGGCACAACUCCACGAGAUGAGCAGGAGGGCGAUCUGUGCUGCUGGCCCCGGAGGACCUCCCUUACCACCAGGAGCUCCUGGUGGCCCUUUACCUUCUCCAGCUCUUGGAUCCCUUCUUCCCCCUCCACCACCACCCCCACCCCCAGGGGAAUGUCCCCCACCGCCUCCCCCCCCACCACCCCCUCCAGGCGGUCCCCCACCUCCUCCUGGCCCCCCACCCCUGGAUGGGGUGAUGCCUCCCCCUGGAGCACCUCUGGGCUUUGCCCUGAAGAAGAAGAGCAUCCCACAGCCAACGAACGCCCUGAAGUCCUUCAACUGGUCCAAGCUGCCAGAGAACAAACUGGCAGGCACCGUGUGGACCGAGAUAGAUGAUGCAAAAGUUUUCAAAAUCCUGGACCUCGAGGACCUGGAAAGGACGUUCUCUGCCUACCAAAGACAGCAGGACUACUUUGUGAAUGGUAACUCCAGACAGAAGGAAGAUGCUAUCGAUGACACUUUGAGUUCCCGGCAUAAAGUCAAGGAGCUUUCAGUCAUAGACGGCCGGAGAGCUCAGAAUUGCAAUAUCCUCCUCUCCAGGCUUAAACUCUCCAACGAGGAGAUCAAGCGAGCAAUUUUGACGAUGGAUGAGCAAGAGGACCUCCCAAAAGACAUGCUGGAGCAGCUCCUGAAGUUUGUCCCUGAAAAGGGUGAUAUUGACCUCCUGGAAGAGCAUAAGCACGAGCUGGACCGUAUGGCCAAGGCUGACCGGUUCCUCUUUGAAAUGAGCAGGAUAAACCAUUAUCAGCAAAGGCUGCAGUCCCUCUACUUCAAGAAGAAGUUUGCAGAGAGAGUUGCAGAAGUCAAACCCAAGGUGGAAGCCAUCCGUGCCGGCUCCAAGGCGGUGCUGCAGAGCGGCAGCCUCCAGCAGCUGCUGGAGGUGGUCCUGGCCUUCGGGAACUACAUGAACAAAGGCCAGAGGGGCAACGCCUUCGGGUUUAAGAUCUCCAGCCUCAACAAGAUCGCGGACACCAAGUCCAGCAUUGACAAGAACAUCACCCUUCUGCACUAUCUCAUCACGAUUGUGGAAAAGAAAUACCCCAAAGUCCUCCGCCUGCACGAGGAGCUGCGAGACAUCCCACAGGCAGCCAAAGUCAACAUGACCGAGCUGGAGAAAGAAAUAAACACUUUGAGGAGCGGCCUGAGAGCAGUGGAGACUGAGCUGGACUUCCAGAAGUCUCAGGUUCAGCAAGCGGGUGACAAGUUUGUGUCUGUCGUCAGCCAGUUCAUCACGUUAGCCAGCUUCAGCUUCUCAGAUGUUGAAGAUCUUCUGAUGGAAGCAAAAGAGCUGUUUGCCAAGGCUGUGAAGCACUUUGGAGAAGACACGGACAAAAUGCAGCCCGAUGAGUUCUUUGGCAUUUUUGACCAGUUCCUUCAAGCUGUGACCGAGGCCAAGCAGGAGAACGAGAACAUGAGGAGGAGGAAGGAAGAGGAGGAGCGCCGGGCACGCAUGGAGGCACAGCUGAAGGAGCAGCGGGAGCGGGAGCGCAAGGCGAGGAAGGCGAAGGAGAGCGGGGAGGAAGGUGGCGAGUUCGACGACCUCGUCUCGGCCCUGCGCUCGGGCGAAGUCUUCGACAAAGACCUCUCCAAGCUGAAGCGCAACCGCAAGCGCAUCACCAACCAGCUGGCCGACAGCAGCCGCGAGAGGCCCGUCACCAAACUCAACUUCUGAAAAACAAACAGCAACAAAAACUGGCGAAAAGAAAAAAUAAAAAAGAACACGUGUCGGUCUUUUUGAAGUGGCUAGGCUUUUGGUUUCUUUUAAUUCCCAUUAUACUGCCUUGCCAUUCAAAGCGAAA